CGGUGAGCAGCCGCCCGCAGCCGAACUCGAGGUUCCUGCCAAUGGCGCGGUCAGCCUAGCUGCUAACUCUUCUGACCUGCACUUCUUCGACCUCCGCCGGAGGCUCUGCAAGCUCCUCUUCCUCCCUCUCCCUAAGCUUCGCCCCGCCCAGCCCCAGAGAUUUUGUUCAAGAUCCGCCACACUGCCAACAAGUACUAUUUACCUCACCAUUGUCCCCAAGCAUUAGCAGUUGUGGUGGAGGACGACGCCGCCCUGCCGGUAAACAAGAUGGCCAUCGAGACCGAUAGGACCAUGUAUGACUGCCCACUCUGCUAUCGGCCCUUGAAGCCUCCCGUGUUGAAGUGCCGAGCCGGGCACGGUGCGUGCGGCAGCUGCGCUAAAAACCACUCUCGCAAGUGCCAUUUGUGCGCGGACGGCGGCGAGUACGAGCACGUCCACUGGUUGGACCCCUAUGUCAUGGCGGCCAAGGUUCGGUGCCCAAACGAGCCGUUUGGCUGCCGGACCUUGGUGACCUACUUCUUGGUUGAGGACCACCGGUUGGAGUGCCCACACGCUCCUUGCUACUGCCCCGAGCCUGGUUGCACCUUCCCUGGCUCGCCGCCGAUGCUCUACGACCACCUCAAGGUGCACCACGACUGGCUCGUCACCUCCAUCGCCUUCGGCAAGAAACUCGAUCUCGAGAUAGAUGAGGCGCAGCGGCGCCAUCUGCUGGCUACGAAAAAUGGGGAGCACUUGUUCCUCCUGGUCAUCACCGAGGUGGUCGGCGGAGGGCGUGAAGUCAGGCUCGUGCGUGUCUGUGGCAAGGAUGCAGGCCCAUCGGGGUACUGGUGCAAGGUGUGGACGCAUGCGCCCAUGGACCCAGGGAACGGGUACAGGAAACCAGUCCUGAUGUUGGAGGACAGGGCAAGGAGCUGCGCGGUGCCCUCAGAGGAGGCGGCCAUGGAGGUGGGCGGCAGGUACUUGUCUGUGCAGCUCCUCGACAUGCACCCGAGAGGAGGGUUUGCUCUCCGCCUUCGCAUCACGAGGCUGCUGCUUGACUCAGUAAAUGCUUUGGUAGCUGAUGAAGGAAGGCAAGAUGGGCAGGCUGCAUUUGUCUCAGCUGGUGAAGGAAGUCAAGAGGCUACUGAGUCUGGAAAUGUUUCCUUGGCUGCCACAUCUCCCUCAGUUAUGGAAAAAGCGCCUCUGGAUAUUGCUGAAUCACAGAAUUGUCCAAGCCCCCAACAUCAGUGCCACUUGCCAGUAAUUAUUUUUAUCUCUCUCAGCUUGACUUCUAUCACUCCGAAGGUUCUGUCCUCUGAAGUUGGUGAUCCAAAGCAUGAUGUGUUUGUCCUAGCUGGUGAAGGACGGCAAGAUGUGCAGACUGCAUUUGUCUCAGUUGGUGAAGGAAGUCAAGAGGCUACUGAGUCUGUAAAUGCUUUGGUAGCUACCGCAUUGCUCUCGGUUAUGGAAAAAGUGCCUCUUGAUACAGCUGAAUCGAAGAGUUGUCCUAUCUCCCCAACAUCAGCACCACUUCCCAGCCCGGGUUCUACCACUCUGAAGGCUUUGACCUCUGAAGAUGGUGACACACAGCUGGUAGCUACUAUAUCACCCUUGGGUAUGGAAAAAGCGCCUCCUGAUACUGCUGAAUCAAAGAAUUGUCGUAGCUCCCCAGCAUCAGUGCCACUCCCCAGCCUGGCUUCUACCACUCCGGAGGCUCUGACCUCUAAACAUGGCGACACAAAGCUGGUGAGAGCAAAGCAUCCUAAGAAGAACUACCAUACCAGUAAUCCAAGGAGAAGCGCUAGAUUGCGUGAAUGUUUUAACAAUCCUGUGGAAGAGCUGGCAGCUGAUCACAGGAGGUCUUGCAUGCUCGAUCCAGCAGAAGAAUCAGUUGCCUCUAUUGACAAUGCAUAAUCUAAAAAAAAACCUCUACUGACUCUGCAAACUAAGGUAGUUGACUGAAUAAAACAAAUAUUUAUGCAGCAGUAGCUUUGAGAUCAAAAUCAAUUAGUCAGAACAUUUCACACGCUGAAUUUUGUCGAAAGAGAUGUAGCUGAUAUUCUUAGUUCAGAAUUCAGUACCCUUCUGUUCAUUAAUUUACAAAAGAAAAUUGUUGGGUGAAUUUUCUAGUGAUGGAUUUGAGCUAUGUGAAAAAUAGUGUUGGGUGUUGCAAGCCAAUUUUCUAGUAAUGCUGUAAUAGCAGUUAACAAAACAUGCUUCAGUCAUGGUUACUUGGUUAGCAUCUUA